UAUAAUUUGGUAGCCAUAAUAGUCCUACAUCCCCCCUUUCCCUCCCUUUCUAUCUUUUUGUUUCCUCUGUUCAUCAACCCCUUUUUCUGUUAAGUACUACAACUCAAUCCAUUCUUUUUCUUUUGUACAAAAAAGAGGAGAAUUAAGAAAAUGGGUGCUCUAGAUUUUCUUUCAGAUUACUUCUCUAAUGUCACCCCAAAAAAGAAACAUAAACCAAUGCAGACAGUUGAAAUAAAGGUGAAAAUGGACUGUGAUGGCUGUGAAAGAAGAGUUAGGAGUUCUGUUACCAACAUGUCAGGUGUGAAGGAAGUAGAGGUGAAUAGAGACCAAAGCAAGGUAACAGUGACUGGUUAUGUGGACAGAAAUAAGGUCCUAAAGAGAGUGCAGAGCACAGGAAAAAGAGCAAAGUUUUGGCCAUAUGUUGAAUAUAACUUGGUAGCAUAUCCUUACAUAUCACAGGCAUAUGCAAAGAAUGGACCCUCUGGAUUUGUGAAAAACACUGAGCUAGCACAACCAAAUCCAAAUGGAGCAGAUGAUAAGAUUACUUCUUUCUUCAGUGAUGAUAACCCAAAUGCAUGUUCAAUCAUGUGAAGGAAAUUUUAGGCAUGCACAUGCACAAGUUCAAAUAUUACUGUUGAUGAAUUAAAGCUUAAUUGGUAUUUGGUAGUUAUUUUGAACAUGUUGUAAGAUAUGUGUGAUUAAUGACUUGUAAUCAAGUUCUGUUUUUAUGGACUACAUGUUGUUAUUAUGUCUAAUUACUACCAUUAUAUAUACUUUAUGAGCAUAAUAAAUAAUGGUUUUCUCA